GUGUCAUUCUCAGUACAGACACUGCUGUCAAAUCACUUGUAGCAAUGAUCAGUAACAGAUGUUCUCAGCUGCUUUGCUUUUGCCUUCUUCUUCUCUCAGCAAUCGAAAGUAAUUGCGAGUAUCAGUGCUCUCAUCACGGAGAGGAAAAAAUAGCAAGGGUGCAUUUAAGAAAGCCUGGACAUUUAGCUGUGAAGCGCUCAUUGACCGAUGAUGUCUUUAAUCAGACAUUUCGCGUUUAUGCUCACUAUGACAGCUCGUUUUCAUCUGGAUUAUCUUCAGGAGUGCAGUCUAGAAUUAGAGACAUCGUGAAGAAUGUGACUGACUUCUUAAGGCCUCCAUACACUAGGCAACAUGUUGCUGGCAACUUCUGUGGUCACUUUGAUCUUGUGUCUAAGAAUAGAAUUCUGUUCUAUUUUUGA